ACAGCGUAAAAGCUGCGGGCGUGAGAGGGAGAGCGACAGCUCGGGAAGCAAUGGCGGCGUCUUUGUUCCGGCGAGCUUCCUCCCACCUGGCGCUUCUUCCUCGUCCUUUCCUUCCCUCCGUCUCUCUCGAGAAUCCCUUCGCCCAGGCCCCUCCUGCAGCGGCUCCCUCCCUUCCCCACUUCUCCUUCGGCGCCUCCAUGGAGCUCAUGGCCGUCCCCAAGAAAAAGGUUUCCCGCUAUAAGAAGGGAUUAAGGAAUGGACCAAAGGCUCUGAAACCUGUUCCGGUUAUUGUCCGAUGCAAGAGUUGCGGUCGAGUUAAGCUGCCUCACUUCUACUGCUGCAGUGGGGAGAGAGGGAGCAGUGGUCCCUCCAGUUGAUAAAACAAUUCUUCCUAAUGAUAAAAAGCAGCAUGCUCGAUGAAAUCUGAGAAUUUUGAUAUUAUCAAAACUAAUAUUGGAAAUUUAUUUUCUUGUAGCAGACAGGAUAUGGAUGGAAGGCUUGGCAUGUUACCAAUAGUCCUCUUAAGCAAAACUCUGCUUCAGGUUCAGAGUUGCUUCCAUUAGUCAUAUGGAUGUUCAUGUGCAAAUUUCUGAAUUUCCAUUUGAAGGGAAGAUGCUCACAGUCUCUGGCAUGUUUAUUAUUAGUGAUCAUGUUUUGUGUUUCAAUUUCAUUUCCUGCUGUACUUGGUAUAGGAAUGGAUGGCUAUUUAUCUUUGUUGUCCUCAACUUUGCUUUUCUGUUGAUUAUUGAUAUCCUGGAUUGUUAUCACUUCC